GCUUAGUUUCAGAUCGGUCAAUUAUGUUUGUGAAUUUGUGAUUCAUAUUUUGAUUGAAAACAAAAAUUAAAAAUAUGGGUGGACGGUAUUUGUUCCACCAAUGUGCAAUGUAGUUAAACAUUUAUAAUAUUUUAGGACAAGUAUAAACCAAAUAACAAAAUCAUGCCUCCGAUGAAGGACGCGAACAUUGUAAAAAUUGCGGUGGAAAUGACCGAUCAAGUCCCCCAAUUAAUCGAAUUUAAUCAAAAACAGCCUCUGGCGGGUAUAAUUCAAGAAUUGUGUAACGGAUGGAAUCUCACAGAACCAGAACAGUACGCCUUACAGUUUAAUGAAAAUAAUAACAAUAAUUACAUUACAGAAAAGAACAGAAAUGAAAUUAAGAAUGGAUCAGUUUUACGUUUACAAUAUUCUCCUUCAAAGACAGCUCAGGAUAUUCUGUUGAAAUUAAACACAGGCAGCCCUGAAGAAAAGGCUACUGCAAUGAAUAAGCUCUCUAUACUUAGUGCAGAUAUCACUUUUGCCUUAGAUUUUAUCAACAAACAAGGACUAACACUCCUUAUAAAACAAAUUGAGGGUGCUAAAUGUAAGGGUACAGUCUUAGCACAUACACUCUUAUCAUUUGUAGAGUUAAUGGAACAUGGAAUUGUGUCUUGGGACAUUCUAAAUGGGGAAUUUAUUUCUAGAGUAGCUACUUUUGUAAACACGCCACAAGAAUCUCAAGUUACACAGGCAGCUUUAUCGAUUUUAGAAAAUGUUGUUCUUAAUAGUACUGAAGGGUAUGGACAGGUAGAGCGAGAGAUACCAAUAGGUUCCUUAGUUAGUCAUCUUCAAUCUACUCCAGUUGUUCAACAAAAUGCUGUGGCUUUAAUCAAUGCUCUACUGUCUAGAGCUGAUAUUGUCAAAAGAAGAACCUUGGUAGCUACUCUUACAUCAAAGCAAGUUAGGACUGUUAUUCAAAACAGUAUUCUUCAAACUGGAGCAGCUAAAGGAAACGAAAUGGCACAUCAGUUGUAUGUGUUACAGACGCUUAUGUUAGGACUUCUUGAGCAGAGAAAAAUGACGAAAAUGGAUCCACAGGAUCAAGAUGGGCAUGACAAAAUCAAAGAACUGCGUCGAAUAGCUUUUGAAACCGAAGGAGCAACAAGUCUAAGAGGUCCAAGUGGUUUCACACGUGACUACAAAAAAUUAGGUUUCAAAAACGAUAUCAAUCCUGCCUUGGAUUUCACUGAAACACCUCCAGGUCUUCUAGCUCUCGACUGUAUGAUCUAUUUUGCUAGGACUCAUCCAGAAAAUUACACAAAAUUGGUGUUAGAAAAUAGUUGCAGGGCCGACGAACACGAAUGUCCUUUUGGAAGAGCUAGUGUGGAAUUAGUCAGGAUUUUAUGCGAGAUUUUAAAAAUAGGAGAACCCCCUUCAGAACAGUGUGUGACUUACCAACCAUUAUUCUUCACCCACGACCAUCCAUUCGAAGAAUGUUUUUGUAUCUGCAUCGUUCUUCUUAACAAAACUUGGAAAGAGAUGCGAGCUACUGCAGAAGAUUUUCAAAAAGUCGCCAGUGUGGGUCAAGAACAAAUCGUACGUGCUCUGGAAACAACUCCUGCAUCUUUAGAUCAGUUCAAGAGCAAGUUGCACACUCUAACUUAUAACGAGAUUACUCAGUUAUGGCAGCUGGAACGUAAUACUAGAGAGGAAUGGGAAUCUCAUGCCCGACCAGUGGUAGAACUAAGAGAACAAAUUACUCCAGAAAUAAUGGGAUUAAUCAAGCAGCAAAGAUUGGCGUUUUUAGUUGAAGGUACAAGAUUUACAAAAUACUCUCCUCGUGGUCAACGAAUUAAAGACAAAUUCUGGUAUAUGCGCUUGUCUCCUAACCACAAGGUUCUUCAUUAUGGAGACUGUGAUGAAAAGAGCGCUCCAUCUACUGAAGAACUACAAUCUAAGAUUGCAGUCUGUGAUAUUAGAGCGUUACAAGUGGGACGAGAUUGUCCGCAUAUGAAAGGUAGAAAAGCGUCGCACCAGCUAGCAUUUUCCCUGGCUCUUGAAGGCGUGGACUUGCAAUCUCUAGAUUGCGUAGCUCCCGAUGAACAAGCAUUAGCCUACUGGACAGACGGUAUAAAUUCUUUGAUAGGCCAAAGAAUGCAAAGUAAAGAAACGGAAAAAGAUCUUGAUACUUUGCUUAGCAUGGAAAUCAAACUAAGGCUGCUCGAUGCAGAAGGUGUCGCUAUACCACAGGAUCCUCCACCAAUACCACCGGAUCCACCACAUUACCACUUUUGUUACGAUUUGAAUUAGUGGAUCUGCAAUAACAAUAGGUUGUUAAAUAUGUUUAUUAGUUUUUUCCAUGUGUUUUCAUAUCUAUUUUAGAAUAUCUAUAUUUUAAAUCAUAUUUAUUUAAUUUUUAUAUCGAAAAUACUAUAUUUAUAAGCCAACCACUACACUUUUACUGGAUUUACUAUUGUUUUAUUGCUUUUUCAAUAGAUCUUUGAUUGAAGAACU